AUGGAGGAGGGCAAGAAAACCAGGGGCCGGCAAAGAAUUCCGAUGCAGAGGAUCGAGAAAGCCGGCGAUCGAUUCGCGACGUUCUCGAAGCGGCGCAAAGGUUUCUACAAGAAGGCGACGGAGCUCUGCUGGCUGUCGGGCUGCGACAUCGGGAUAGUUCUGACGUCUCCGACGGGGAAGCUGUUCUCGUACUUCAACCCGUCGCCGGAGUCGAUCGCGCGGAGGCUCUUCAACCGGACGGAGAACGCCGGCGGAGAGAUCUCUCUGGCCGUCGACGGCCACUCUCGGCGGCAAGUCAACGAGCUGUACGAAAUGAUGGACGGCGUGGAGGCUCGCAUGGAGGGUUUGAACCAGAGAUCGAAGGUUCUGGAUCAGAGCAUUCCGUCGAACACCUGGUGGGACACUCCCGUCGACGAGUUCUCCUUGGAGGACGUUGAGAGGUGCCAAGCUUUCCUGGCAGAGAUGCAGACUCAGGUGAGUGCCCGCUUUGAUGCACUUAAUAAUGGCGGCGCUGGCUCUUCAAGCUCCAUAGCCGCUCAACAACAAAAUCCUGCAUUAUUCACUCCCUUGCUUCCUUCAAACGCCCCCAUUCUCUGA